AAUCCUGGACGGGGCGAGGCGGAGAGCUCAGUGUGGCCCUCAUCCAUCAUCGCUAUGGGAAUUACCACAGCGUUCUUUCUGAACCAAGCCCUCAUCCCGUACUAUCUGAAACCGGUCCACCUGGAGACUCAGACUAUAAAACACUGCAGUUGAGACUGUCGCUGCACCAUAGAGCUCGGCUCAGCUUGUCUCCUCCAGCAAAGCAGAGGAGGAUGAUGAGGAUGAGACACAUCUAGAGAUGAGAAGUGUCUCCUCUCGCUGACAACUUGGACAAGGACGUUUCUCUCGACCCUCAUCUAAGUCUGUGUUUUUCUAGAUCGGGACGAUGCCCGUCAUGUGUGUGUCCGCAGUGCUCUUAUGGGUGGUGGUGGUUGACAUCUCAGCCCGGGUUCUGACCACAACGAGCCCAGCUGACCAGCUCCUCCUCUCUCCUCGCCACUAUCAGCACACCGAUCCAGUCUCGGGCACCCAGCUUUUCUGCGACAAAUGCCCGGCAGGCACCUACGUGUCCGUCCACUGCUCCCUAGCAGCUGAGAGGGACUGCAGCCCCUGCCCCGAAGGUACCUUCACCCGGGGCGAGAACGGGGUCCAGCAGUGCCACCGCUGUCGGGCUCUGUGUCCCGCAGGCUUCAUCGAAAAAGUACCCUGCACUGCCACCCAGGACCGUGUCUGCACAUGUCCCCCCAGCAGCUUCUUAUCGGGGGACGGUGGCAAUGAGUGUAAGCCCCACUCACUAUGCCCUCGAGGGACAAGGGUGAAAAAGCGGGGCAGUGAAACAGAGGAUGUGCUCUGUAAGCCAUGCAACAAGGGGACUUUCUCAGAUGAGGACUCGAGCGUCGCGAAGUGCCGAACCCACACGGACUGCCAAGCUCAGGGUUUGGUGCUGCUCACACCAGGCACAAGAGAGAGAGAUAAUGUCUGCGGCUCACCUUCUACAGCUCCCCCCUCUUCUUCAUCAUCAUCACCUGUCUCCACAGCCAGCCCACUGGGGCCUGUAUGGACUGUGCAUGCUCAGGAACCAGUGUCUUCCUCUCCAUCAUCAUUACUGGCUGCACACAAAGACACCUACAGCCAGUCAGCAGCCAUUUUACUGUGGGAAAACCCAGAUGGGAAAGACCACCAAGCAGAGAGCCUACUCCUCAGCCGGAUGACUACUCACACCCCACCAAACCGUCAACCCAUAGAGACUCCACUUCCUCCAGCUCGCAAGCAACUGGUGGAUCGCAAGGGACACCCAAAUUCUGACCCUAUGCCAGGCCCUAACAAGAGGGCAAUGGAAGGUUUAGAGGAUGCCGAGGUAGUCAAGGUUGGGACGGGUAUCAACAAGAUAGCUGGACAGGGUAGUGGAGGUGGUGUAGGUGGGGUCUCCAGCUCCUACAGGCCCACUCGCAGGGGGUCCCCACGGCCAAAUACCCAUAAUCACUUUGACAUCAACGAGCACCUCCCCUGGAUGAUCGUAUUGCUGUUACUGCUGGUGCUGGUGGUGAUUGUGGUGUGCAGUGUGAAGCGGAGCUCACGGGUUCUGAAGAAGGGUCCCAUGCAGGACCCCAGCAGCAUCAUGGAGAAGGCCAUUCAGAAGAAACCUUCUGUGCCCCCAAUGCAGGUCAAAGAGAAGUGGAUCUACUACUCCAAUGGACAGGGUGAGUCCACUGUCUCCUUUGUAUCAAACAGGUUGGUUUUAGAGUCUAGGACACUGUUUUGA